AUGGAAGCCAUAAAAUCUCAGGAAACGCCAGCUCAAGAAAAAGAUCAGAAGCGUAAGAAGAUUCCAGCCAAGCCUUCACCUGUAACUUCAGCUGCACCUAUACCUGCUACGCAAUACAAAAAAAUAAAUGUGCAGUGGCAUCACAGACCAGAAAAUCAAGACAUUUUUUAUAAACAGGCAGGCCCGCCUCAAACAAUUGAAGUUGAUCCCUCUACUGUUUAUUCGGUUCAAGAUAUAAUUACUAAGUGUGUGAAGGUUUUCAAAAAUAAUUUCACCGCCCAAUAUUUUGAAAGAGGUGAGAUAAAAUUAGGGAAAAAAAACUUUGAGAUUGUUGAAAACUUUGGCACAGGUGGUUUUUGGCAGUAUUAUAAAGUAGCUCGCAAUCUGGCGCAUCGGCCACCCCCCUUGUACUUGUACACUUAUUUGGAAAAACCAGUCAACACUUCAAGUAAACCUUCUCAGAUUAUCUCAAAAGAAAACUGUUCGUGGCAAUGCAAUGAUUUGCCAAACUGCAAGUCUUUGUUUAAAACACCGCUGAAAUCAAUAGUUAAUAUUGAUGCACCUAAGAGUGGAUUGAAAAAAGAUAGUUCCUUGUUUAAAUUUCCAAGUCAACGUAAGAGGCCUCUAGAUUCAGAAAAGUUCACCGAAGAGAAUCAGAAAAAUAUGAAAAUAGAUGAAAAAAUUAAAGAAUUUAAAAUGGAAAUCAUUGUACCAAUAUCACAAGUACCAAUUGACUCUCUGAAAUUCACCGACAUCUUACUCGGGAAAGGAGCAUUUGGAGAGGUAAAAAAAGCUUUCUGGGGCAUGUCCGAAGUUACCAUAAAAACUAUCGACACUCAGCAAGUAAGGCCAAAGGAUAUCAUCAAGGAGCUGGUCAUCUUGAGACAAGUUGUGCACACAAAUAUUGUCAACUUAAUGGGUUACUCCACAGGGGACUACGAAUUCCAUAUUAUUAUGGAGUUCAUAGAUGGAUAUACCUUGAGAGACCUCAUUUUCAAGUCGACUACAAAAAGCAAGUUCCCAUUGAAUGAAAGUGAUAAAUUGCAAUUGGCUCAUCAAAUAUUUUUAGGAAUAUCAUUUCUACAUGAAUUUCCAAAUCCAGUCAUUCACAGAGACAUUAAACCUGCCAAUAUCAUGAUAACCAAGAAUAAACUAGUCAAGAUCUGUGAUUUAGGAGUUUCUUCUAUUAAAAAAAUGUGCACUCAACUGAUGACAGCAAAAGGACACAUUAACUGUGCGGGUACACCCAUGUACAUGGCACCAGAAAUAUAUUUAUAUCAUCAAGAGGCAACCACAUUCAGUGACAAAUGGUCACUGGGUUGUACCAUAGUCGAGUUGUUCAGUGAACGUCACGUAUGGCACACAAACAAUUACUCCACCUGUAAUCUUACGGAACUACUAAAAUUAAAAAAGGAACCAAACUUAUCAAGUAUUCCAGCUGUUUUGAGGGACAACAUCAAGAGUUGCUUCUCAUAUGAUCGACCAAGUGAUAGACCAACAGCUGAACAAUUUGUACGAGUUUUCAGAAACAGUAAUGUUGAAUUACAGUGUCACUAA